AGCAGACGGCGCGGCUGCAGCUCAGGGACGGGGACGGGGGCGGUCAGCUGUGCUCCCCCCCGGCCCCCCCAGGCGGCACAGCGCAGUCCCCCCCUCCCUCCCCCCCCCAUCGCCUCCAGCCGCCCCCUCGGGCGGAGGGACGGACGGACAGACGGACGGAUGGCGGCGGGCUCGGCCGUCGGGACCCCGCGCCCCCCGCGCCCCCCCGGGCUUCUGCUGCUGUGCGCGUGGCUGCUGCCGCUGUUGGGGGGCGCGGGGGUUCGGGGUGAAGCGGAGCCGUCGGCGCUGCCCGAAGACGCGGCGCAGGAGCACGGCUAUUACCUGCAGCAGCUCUUCGGGCUGUACGGAGCCAACGGGACGCUGCCGUCGGCGGGGCUGGCGAGGCUGCUGGGCAGUCUGGGGCUCGGGAGGGUGCAGGUGGUGCGAAUCCAACACGAGGAGAUGGGCCACGGCCACGUCAGCCACCUCGACCUCCUGGAGGUGCAGGAGGAGCGGCACCGGCACCGCCACCCGGCCUGGGAGCACGGCAGCGGGGAGGCUGCCAGGGACCGCCCCCCCAGCCCCGCACCCACCUGGACGGAGCCCCCCAGUCCCAGGACCACUCCUGGGGGCCACGAUGCCCCCCACCCCUCCCGGAUGGAACCCCCCGGCUUGGGGCUGCUGGGCCGCGUGUUGGGCUUGGACCACUCCGGAUACGACCACGCACACGACUCCUGCCUCAAUGUGACGCAGCUGCUGCUGAACUUCGGGCUGGAUGCAGCCUCGCAGCUCACCCCGCAGCAGUUCACGCUGCUCUGCCCCGCGCUGCUCUACCAGAUCGACAGCCGGGUCUGCAUCCGCCACCGUGACGAGGUGACGUGGUCCCCAACAGGGGGGGCUCUGUGGCCAGCUUUGGGAUGGGCUCUGUUGGCCGUCGCCUUCAUCAGCGUCCCGUCCGCCCUGGCUGUGGCCGUGGUGCCGCUGCUGAGCCGGGGGCAGUUCCACGCUCUGCUCUCCUUCCUGGUGGCGUUGGCGGUGGGGACGCUCUGCGGGGAUGCGCUGCUGCACCUCUGGCCCCACGCUCAGGGGCAGCACCAGGAGGCGGCGGCGGUGCUGCGGGCGGUGCUGCAGGGCCUGGCGGUGCUGGGGGGUAUUUACGCGCUGCUGCUGCUCGAGCUGCUGCUGGGAAUGCUGCGCCGUCGACGCGCCGCCACGCGCCAUCCCCAUGGAGAGACCCCCGAGGCGGCCGCGGGGGUCCCGGCCCCACUGCGAGGCGGCGCUGAGCUGCGCUGUCUGACGGCCCCGGAGGUGGAGAUGGAACCCAAAGACCCCCCCGGACCCCCCCACGGACACUCCCACGGCCCCGCGUUGCCCCCCAGCCCCGCGGCAGCUGAUCUGGUGUGGAUGGUGGUGCUGGGAGACGGCAUCCACAACCUGACCGACGGGCUGGCCAUCGGCGUUGCCUUCUCCCACAGCCUCCCCAGCGGCCUCAGCACCGCGCUGGCAGUGCUGUGCCAUGAGCUGCCCCACGAGCUGGGUGACCUCGCGGUGCUGCUGCAGGCGGGCUCAGCCCCCCGCACCCUCCUGCUGCUCAACCUGCUCUCAGCGCUGCUCUCCUGCGUGGGGGCGGCCGUGGGGGCAGCUGUGGGGCAGAACGCGGCUCAUCUCACCCCAUGGAUCCUCACCGCCACCGCCGGCACCUUCCUCUACGUGGCUCUGGCUGACAUGCUCCCCGAGGUGCUGCGGGGUCCCGGCGGGGGCACGUGGGGUCGCUUUGUGCUGCAGAACGUGGGCUUCCUGCUGGGCAGCGGCAUCAUGCUGGGCAUUGCGUUGGCCGAGGGCCACCUGAGCGCGUGGCUGCAGCCCUGAGGUGGGGCGGGGGGGGGGUUCCCUAUGUGCCCCCCACCCCGACAGCCGCAGGGACCCCAAAACCCACCCAUGGGUUCGGACUUUGUCCCCUCCUCGUGGGACCCAUCCGCCAACCCGGGUGUUUGCCAAGAUGAAACGCACGCAACCAACCCUGGGGGCUCCGUGGGUCGCGGCUGCCGGACCCCAACCCCACAUCCCCAUGGGGGGAGGGGGACAGCGUUGGGUCCCCACCCCUCCUGGGUGGCACCGCAGAGCUCCGGAUCCGGCAGCACCGACCCCAAAGGGAGCACAGCCCCCCUCCCUGAGAAAGGACAACAGAAGAGGGAGUAGAAGCAAUAGCAUUUUAAUAAACAUAAUCGAUUCAAAGCCACAAUAUGAAUAACAGGACUUGGUCGCAGCUUACAUUGUAUAAAAUAGAUCAAGUCUGAA